AUGGAUGCCAUCAAUGCCUUUGUGUUUAGCAUCGUCACCCCCAAGAUCUUCUUCGGACCUGGUACCGUCAACGAGCUGCCCGGCGAGCUUUUGUCCCGCAAGCUUUCAAAGCCUCUCAUCAUCUGCUCGCCUUCUAGGACUUCCCUGGCCAAGAAAAUACGGGACAACUUGGUUAAGGCAGGCUUCUCGGACGUAGAGAUCCUCGACACCGCCAUUGUCCAUAACCCGAGCGACAUCAUCGGUCCCGCCGUUAAUCGUGCAAAAGACCGCGAUGUUCUCGUAUCAGUCGGGGGCGGCAGUGCCGUCGGCCUAGGAAAGGCAAUCGCUCUUCGCACCGACAUGCCGCAAGUGGCUAUUCCGACGACGUAUUCGGGCUCUGAGAUGACGCCCAUCCUUGGGGAAACGAAGGAUGGCAAGAAGACGUCAACAACGGACCCCAAGAUUCUGCCCAAGGUGGUCAUCUACGACGUCGACCUAACCAUGGAUCUGCCGGUAAAAGUCAGCGGCCCAAGUGGCCUCAACGCCAUGGCUCACUCAUUUGAAGCAUUAUACUCCCGCCAGGCCAACCCGUUGACAGACCACUUUGCCUUGGAGUCCAUCAGGGCGCUGUCCAAUGCCCUACCAGUGAUCGUAUCUGACCCCUCCUCGGUCGAGGCGCGUACCUCGGCUCUCUACGGUGCAUUCCUGGCCGGUUUGUUGGCGGGAGCAACCGGCAUCGCCCUACAGCACAAGCUGGCUCACGCAGCCGGCGGCACUCUGAAUCUUCCUCAUGCCGAGACGCAUUCAAUAUUCCUUCCCCACAGUAUGGCGUUCAACGCGCAAGCCUUUCCCGAGGCCACCAGGACCAAGAUUUCCUCCGCUCUUGGGCAGAGUACGGAAGACUCACUUUCGGGCAUCGUAGCCGGUCUAAAUCAGUUGCUUCGAAUCUUGAAUAUCCCUACGGGUCUCAAAGAUAUCGGCAUGCAGGAGAGUGACAUUGAUCGCGUUGCUGAUGUCGCAUCUGAAAAGCCAUAUUGGAACCCCCGUCCUCUGGAGAAGGCCGCGAUCCGUGAAAUCAUCCGCAGGGCGUGGGUUGGGGAGCGGGCAAAGACCAAUCUUUAG